GCAGGGCUGAGGGGUGGAUUGCCAAAGCAGAUCACGUUCAGUUCCUUUUCUUCUGGAUCUGCAGUGUUUUUCUCUGCAGUCCCAAAGUGACCCGAGCCCAGCUUUCACAGCGUCUGCCAAUCUGGAUGCUGAGUUUCGCCUCUCUCGCUGGGUGUGAUGGUCUGUGUCCUCUGCCGCUUUUCCUCACCCAUCUGGAAGACAAGCGGCACGGUUCUAUUUUUCCCUUCGGUGUGGACGCGCCAGACCCGAGGAAGCGGCGACAUCUGCCGCUUUUUCCCCUCGGGGUCGCUGGGCUGGGGGCUUCGUAACUGCUUGUUCUGUGCGAGCGAAAAGGCGGACAGAUCCCGUUCAUGAACUGUGACACUCCAGACGCGCGAGGGAGGAAACUCGGAGCAUUUCCUCCACAAGAAGAGUCCGUCUGGGGCCGACUUGGGUUGUGGACACGGCGCAGGACCUUGGCGGCAAAGCACCAUGGAGGACUCGGGAGUUUCUGCUGCAGCUUCAAGCUGCGUCGCGCGAUCCCGGGCAAAUCCGUUUUUUCUGCCGAGUUCGUACAGCUGGUGGGGGGAGGCGGAGGCGUCCACAGAAACGAGUUCAGGGAAUUCUCCGGCAGAACGCGACGCUUUUGCCAGUGGUGCAGCCGCAGAAGCAACAAGCAGCUGCGGCGCAGCGAGUUGCGCUGGAGUGGAUGAGUCUGAGGAAGGCCGUCGCCUGACUUGGCUGAAGAGCCAGUUCGCAGCUGCCUCGUUCUGGGCCAUCGACGACGGGGAGGCCGCUACACCCGGCAGAUCUCUUCCGUCUCAUGAGAUGCGUGAGGCGCCGCCUCACGCAGCAGCAAAGGGAGGUGCAUCGCAUCCUGCGUCUGCGGAGUCGGUCGACGCCGCUGCCUGCGAAGCGUCCGCUGGCAGCAGUGACCUCGGCGACGGAAGCCGCGCUGCGGAAGUCCUCGCAGCGAGUUCCGGCGAUAUCGACGCGGCGGCUUGUCCUGACACGCGCCAAGACGAGAUUCUCUGCCCAGUCUUUCGGCUGAUGCUGAAGCAUCGCUGCAACCUAACGUUGGUGGGGAGGCGCCUGUGUGACUCGGACUUGCUUCUUCGCACACUGGCGGUCGUCCACGGUCCUGCGGACGGCGCCGCGCGCGAUUCAAGUGCAGGCACCGAUUGCCCAGCCGGAAAAAAGCGAAAGACCGACCUCCAGGAAAGGCUGCACCGCGACGAGGACUGGCGUCAGGUCCUCGCCCUGGAUGGCGAAGGGGAGGCGGGGACGGCGGACGGCGCCGGAAGCUCCCGCGGGGACUCCCUCUACUUGAGGCAUAUCACCUUGCAUGUGUCUCCUUGUUCCGCGCUCGCGAGGUCAGCGGCUGCGGCCUCUGCGCCAAGGGAGGCGAGUUCUCAGCCCUCGUCGGGUGAACCUGAGAGCAGUCGAGCGUUGCAGACAGUCCGGGAGGAACCUGAGAGUUUGCCGCGGACGCCUUCCAGCAGGUCGGACACCGGCGGCGCCAUCGGCCCGGCCUUUUCGUACGGCCUGCUCCUAGUGCGUCUGCAGGCUCUGCCGGAGAAAGUCCGCGCCGCAGUCGUCGAAGCCGGCAAACCUUUCGGGCGCCUGCUCGAGGACCACAAAGUCGUGCGAGAAGUGAUGGUGGAGAAGAAAUUGCAUGUGCACUUGCGCCAGUCGUUUUUCGCCAACGCGCCGCCAGCUCUCGCGCGUGAGCGACCCGCUGGGAGCGACGGAGACUCCGAAACGAGGGACAGCCGCGACACCCCGGCGCCUCAGCCUCUGCCGGAGUGUACCUGCUUGCCCGUAACAGCGGCCCACGGUCCUUCGAAGGACGCGCUGACAUGCACCUUCGGUCGCUGGUCAGUGGUGCUAUGCAACGGCAAGCGCGCAGCGCGGGUCCUGGAGAUCGUGAACAGUUCUCUCUUACUCCGAGCAGCAGCGCUCGCGCGGGAGAAAUCCGGGGAACGAACCGCCGCCGGACGCCCCACGGAGCGCGAGCCUGGGUCGCCGACAGCCGCGUCGCUUCCAGCGCCUCUGGGAGAGUCCUUGCAGGCGGUGAAGCAGACAGGCGCAGAACGACAGGCGCAGGCUCUCUCGGAGGAAGCAGAGGCUGCGCUCAAACACUUGAGCCAGGUUUGCCUGUGCUCUGCGCAGGACUGCCCGGUGCACAAGCAUCUGGUGGACAUUCCCUCAGUCUGGGGACCGCCUGGGGGCUUCGCAACGACCCGAGGGGCAGGGACAGAGAAGAAGGCUGGAGCGCCUGCGAGACAACCGGAGGGCUCCGAAGCCGAACGGUGCUUCAACUGCGGGAGUGCCUUGUGUGUAGAAAUGUUCCAGAGGGAGUAGGUUGGCAUCUGCUGCCAGCGAGCUACGCACGAGGCGAAAAAAGAGACUGAGGACUUUGCUCCUUCGAUGUCUUCCCCGCCACCUGGCGCUGACGUUCGUCCCUCAUGUGAGGGCAUGUAAACUGACACCCGAGGACGCAAGGAAGAAAACAGCAAGUCAUGAGACACAGGUUGUGCAAGUGUGAAAGAUACGCAUCGCAGCCUCUGAACCGUUGCUUUUCGUCGCGACGAAGCUAAUCCGACGCGCGCUCACAGACGCAGUGAAGGAGCGUCUGGUCUCUCAGCUCGCCGGUCACCGCUCUUGACGGGUCAAAUCGUUUCUGUGGCGCAUUCGAAAACGUCUUCGCCAUACACUCGAGACAGAAGUAGAGGUUCUGUCACAGCUGCUCCACCAAACGCAGAAACACAGACAGGCCCCCCACUUGCACACAGAGCUUCUGCAGUCGUGCUUUCGCUUCCCUCGACUUCGCAGGAUCUCUAGCGAAGGUGUCUCGACCAGCAUUGUGAAGCUCUCGCGGCUGUCUUGUUUCUCAAACGCACCAAGCAGGCCAGACUUCCUUUCAAGAGCCUCCAGACACAGAUCGAUCAAAAGGGCACUCCUCAGCGUACGCACGGUAGUUCCGAGAAGUCAGACAAAGAGGUCGAGCUACACUGAAGCUACAAGUGGCAAUCCGAAUAGCAGAUCGCGUUCGGUUUUGGGGGAAACGCCUGUUGAUCCUCUAUUGGUGUGCCACAGUAUUUUGUCCUUUCGUCUAUUUGUGGCUUUUUCCUCCUUUUUACCAUGUUUGACUUGUUCCUCCUUUUACCCAUGUGCGACUUCUUCUUAGUUUCGUCCAUGUAUGAUUUCUUCUCCAGUGGAAACCGCAGGAGCCAACUGUCAGGCUGUCGCGCGCGAGUUUGAGGAGUGCGAGUGUGCUCAAGAGAGCUAAAUUCUUUUUCUUGUUGAACGCGAAUCUGUUGAAUAACUGUUGUCUCUGGGGCUGUGUGUCAUCGAUUGAACUGUGUUUUUGAAAGGAAAUUCAAAACUUUUUGAGACGGCUUGUGUUGGUGGCCGUGUUCGAUCUCUGCGGCUGCGCAAAGAGUCCGCGGUAGUAACGUUUCCAGAGGAGUGACAGAGACGCGCCUUCACACGGUCGAACGCAUGUCGUUUUUUGCGUUGCGGCUGCAAAAAGCAGAAAUACAUUUCAAGCGCAC